UUAGCUAUGCCCCUUGCAUUUGCUAUCGGGUUGGGGGUUCAGGGAUGUUCCGAAAUGGUUUCAACUCGAUUGGCCACGGAAACUCAAAGAAUGUGAUGUCUGACAGGUGCUUCAAGUGUAAACUAAGAUUGCCGUUAGAGUUGGUGGGAACGAUGCCGAGAGGGAAAAACUGCUAAUGAAUAUACAUAGAUUCGUAGAGCUGGUGCACUAUAAAUGCUCAUGGCGGUGAGUUCUUCUUUUGGUCCUUUGGUAGGGUGGUCCAUGCAUGGUGGUGGAGCAAACCGGCCACUGUGUUAGGAAGGGCCUGGUUCAUCAAAUUAUACAUUCAAGUGAGAAUGGGGACAUGGUAGAGUUACACAAGCAUCUCCAUCCUAAGCUAAUGUUAGGAAUACCAUUGUUGGAAGGGACCAACCCAGCCUCAUGUUUCCCUCGCAUUGCUAUUGGUUAUGAAGUGGUCUGCUGUAAUUAUAUCUGGAGUGAGGUUUCUGCUGCUGAUAUAUUUGUUUCAGAAUUUCAAGAUGAUUUGCUCAACCAGUAUGCAGGAUUGCAGUAUAGGAAUAAGGUAUUAGCCUCCGAAGGAGCUAAGGAAACCCUUGAGAUUCUAUCAGAUUAUCUUUGAAGAGAACCAUCAAUUCAGUCAUUUGUUGAAUGCAAAAGCAAGAAUAAUUUGUAAAAUGGCAUUUUACUUUAUUGUGGAACAAAUAUUAUUCUAGAACCAUAUGUUAUGCUCAUAUAUGUGUGCUAGGAUAAAAGAAGUUUUGCACAUAGUAUUUUCAAUUUAUUGUUUUGAAAGUAUUAUUUUGCAAAUAUUUGCUCAUCUUUUCAUGGGCAUUGAGUAAAAGAAAAUCACUACAAA